CUGAUUGGUGAACAGAAUGUAAUGGCAGCUUUUGAGUGCUUCCGACACACAGCAGUCUGUUUCAUUCGGUCAUAAUAUCGCAUAAAAACAAGAAAAAUUUUGCAUUCAACACCAACCAGUGUGUGAGUGUAUAAUGCAUGUGCGUUCCGUAUAAUGUACAUUUUGCGAAUGGAGCGCAUGAGUAUUAUAUGACAGAGAGAAAUAUUUGAUACGUACUAAUAGAUUGAAAACUUUCCGACUGCAUCUAUAAAGUGCAAAUAAUGACGGUUCAAAAGAUGCUGCGCUUUGUUAUUAGCGCAGCGAUAAUGACUAGAGUCUCACCUGCUGCUACCACACGACGAACAAUCAACACUCUCUUCAAGACACUAAUCGGUAGCAGCACCAGAGGAUGGCCUGCUCCUGAGUGGAAGCUCGCAAUCGCGCCGUUUACUGCAAUGGGGAUACUUGGUUUCAUGAAGACGAAUGAAGACGCGAAAAACGAUACGAAAUUGACCCAGAAAGAAAUUCUAUUAGCAAAGGCUGAUGCCUUGUUCGAUCAAUGUGAAUACAAAAAAAUCUAUGAAUUACUAGACAAUUAUAGGGACAAUAAGGAUGUCGAAAUUUUAUGGCGGUUGUGCAGGACGAUUUACAACAUGUCCAAAACUGCGUCUGAAGUUGAAUGCAAAAAAUUGAUUUAUGAGGGCUACGAACUGGUUCUAACGGCGAUAAGCAUUGAUGCAUCGCAUUACGCGGUUCACAAAUGGAUGGCUAUAUUCUUGGAUGCCAAGUGCAGCUAUGAGGGGAUGAAAGCAAGGAUAACGGAGCUACUUACCGUGAAAAAUCAUAUGCUAAAAGCGGCCGAGUUGAAUCCAAAGGAUGCAACAAUUUUGUACAUGCUGGGCAGCUGGUGCUACGGAAUCGCGGAGCUGGCAUGGUACCAGCGAAAGAUAGCGGCCGCAAUUUUUGGGGAUCCUCCAAAAUCCUCGUUCGAAGAAGCGCUAAAGUACUUUGAGGCCGCAGAAAAUACGGAGCCGAAUUUUUACAGCCACAAUUUACUUAUGCUUGGUAAAAGUCACAUGAAACUGAACCAUAAACAGGAAGCCAUUAAGUAUCUUCAGCGCGCGUCAGAAUACGAAGCGAAAAACGACGACGAUCAAGAGGCUAAAAAAGAAGCGCAGAAACUGCUCCACGAAUUAGGAGUUUAAUAAUGUAUAUCUUAUUGAGGGAAUUUUUUAAGACUCAAUUAAAUGCUGGCUAUGCUAUUAGUUAAUUGUAAACUGCACCUAUCGCACAAUUAUAAUUAUUUCAUUAAAUGAAAAUAUUUUGUACGUUCGUUUUUUGGAAAAUAAUAACGACUUUGAUUAUUCACUGAG